UUUUAGAAGAGAUCUCAUUUGUUUUUGACAAUGAGCAGCGAGAAUCAAACUUAGUGUUAAGGCUCUUAUCUGUUGGUCCUUCAGAUUAAUGUGUUUAGCUGAACCGUUAGUAAGAUAAUUAUCAAGUAAUCUGUUCACAGCCGUCCAAUAAUGAAGACCGUAUUGAUGGUGGCAGAGAAGCCGUCACUGGCGCAGUCUAUCGCUAAAAUUCUGUCUAAAGGAAGUUGUUCGACCCGAAAAGGCUUCAACGGGGCAUGCUCAGUGCACGAGUACACAGGAAGCUUCCUGGGCCAAAGCAUCCGCUUCAAGAUGACGUCAGUCUGCGGCCAUGUCAUGAGCCUUGAUUUCAUAGGAAAAUACAACAACUGGGACAAAGUUGAUCCGGCUGAGCUGUUUAGCAAAGCCCCGACGGAGAAGAAAGAAGCCAACCCUAAACUCAACAUGGUCAAGUUCCUACAGUCAGAGGCCAAAGGGUGUGACUAUGUGGUGUUGUGGCUGGACUGCGAUAAAGAAGGAGAAAACAUCUGUUUUGAGGUCUUAGACGCCAUCCAGCCGGUAAUGAACCGGGCCCAGGGUAACCAGCGGACCGUGUACCGGGCCAAGUUCAGUUCCAUCACCGACACGGACAUCUGCAACGCCAUGAACAAGCUGGGUGAACCCAACCGUAACGAGGCCCUGUCAGUGGACGCGCGACAGGAACUGGACCUGCGCAUCGGCUGUGCUUUCACACGCUUCCAGACUAAGUACUUCCAGGGAAAAUACGGAAACCUGGAUUCUUCCCUGAUCUCCUUUGGGCCGUGUCAGACUCCGACGCUGGGCUUCUGCGUGGAGAGACACGACAAGAUCCAGUCCUUCAAACCUGAGUCUUACUGGGUCAUUCAAGCCAAGGUGUUUAAAGGGAAGGACAGCCCGUUGACACUGGACUGGGAUCGCGUCCGCGUGUUUGAUCGGGAACUGGGACAGAUGUUUGUCAACUUGGCCAAGACGGCGCGAGAGGCCAAGGUGGAGUCAGUGAGUAAGAAGGAGAAAGCCAAGCAGAGACCUUUGGCCUUAAACACAGUGGAGAUGCUGAGAGUGGCCAGCUCUGCCCUGGGAAUGGGCCCACAGCAUACCAUGCAGGUGGCAGAGCGCCUGUACACGCAGGGGUACAUCAGUUAUCCCCGCACGGAGACCACCCACUACCCCGAAAACUUUGACCUGAAGGGCACGCUGCGACAGCAGGCCAACAGCAGCCCCUGGGGACACACGGUGAAAGCUCUGUUAGCAGAGGGCAUUAACAGGCCCAGAAAAGGUGUGGAUGCAGGUGACCAUCCUCCCAUUACCCCAAUGAGAGCAGCUUCAGAGAGUGAACUAGGCAGUGAUGGUUGGCGUCUGUAUGAGUAUAUUACCCAGCAUUUCAUCGCCACGGUGAGUCAGGACUGUAAAUAUCUGCAGACCACCAUCACCUUCUCCAUCGGCACCGAGGGUUUCUCCUGCAGCGGCAAGACCCUCAUAUCAGCCGGUUUUACGGAGGUAAUGCCAUGGCAGGGCGUGGCCCAGGAGGAGGAGCUGCCCGUGUGUCAGCGCGGAGAUCUGUUCACCGUGGACGAGAUCAAACUGCUGGAGAAACAGACGAAUCCUCCUGACUACCUCACCGAGGCCGAGCUCAUUACGCUCAUGGAGAAACACGGCAUCGGUACGGACGCCAGCAUUCCGGUUCACAUCAACAACAUCUGCCAGAGGAACUACGUCACGGUGGAGAGUGGUCGAAAGCUCAAACCGACCAGCCUGGGAAUUGUCCUGGUCCACGGUUACUACAAGAUCGACGCUGAGCUGGUUUUGCCCACCAUCCGUAGUGCGGUGGAGAAGCAGCUGAAUCUCAUCGCUUUGGGCAAAGCGAACUUUCACCAGGUCCUCCAGCACACCCUCGACAUUUUUAAGAGGAAGUUCCACUACUUUGUCGACUCCAUUGCAGGCAUGGACGAGCUGAUGGAGGUGUCCUUUUCGCCCAUCGCGGACACGGGGAAGCCUAUGUCCCGCUGUGGGAAGUGUCACCGCUUCAUGAAGUACAUCCAGGCCAAACCGAGUCGCCUGCACUGCUCUAACUGUAACGAAACGUACAGUCUCCCUCAGAACGGGGCCAUCAAGCUGUACAAGGAGCUGCGUUGUCCGCUGGACGACUUUGAGCUGGUCCUCUGGACGUCCGGCUCACGGGGGAAGAGUUACCCUCUCUGCCCCUACUGCUUCAGCCACCCGCCCUUCAGGGACAUGAGGAAAGGUAUGGGCUGUAAUGAGUGUACCCAUCCAUCCUGCCAGCACUCUCUGAACUCUCUGGGGAUUGGCCAGUGUGUGGAGUGUGAGAGCGGCGUGCUGGUGUUCGACCCCACGUCCGGCCCCAAGUGGAGGAUGGCCUGCAACAAGUGUAACGUCCUGGUGCACUUCUUCGAGCACGCUCACAAGGUGCAGGUCUCCACCGAAAGCUGCGACACCUGCGAGGCCUCACUGGUCGCCGUCGACUUCAACAAGGCGCGCUCUCCGCUGCCCGACGGCGAAACCCAGCACACGGGCUGCGUGUUCUGCAGUCCCGUGUUCCAGGAUCUGGUGGAGCUCAAACACGCGGCCAUGCGACACCCCAUGCACAGGGGCGGCGGGGCUAGAAGAGGUGGGCGGGGUAGGGGAAGGGGGCGGAGACCUGGGGGAAGAGGUAACCCCAAGAAACCCAAAGAUAAGAUGGCGGCUUUGGCAGCGUACUUUGUGUAG